AUGGCUACUGAAUCUCUGUUACUUCGUUCUUCUUCUUCUUCCACUAAAUCUUGUUGUACUUUGAGCAUUCCACAAUCACGUCGGGCCAAAUUUGGGGCACCCACCCUCGGGUUCAAGGUGGUGACUUUAAUGGCUUGUGUCAUGUGUUUAUGUAAUGCUGAUCGAGUUGUGAUGUCGGUUGCCGUCGUUCCGCUCGCCUAUAAGCUUGGCUGGUCCAGUUAUUUCCUCGGCAUUGUUCAGUCAUCUUUCCUAUGGGGAUACAUAUUCUCUUCUGUAUUGGAGGAGCUUUGUGGACAAGUAUGGAGCAAAAGAGUGAUGGCAUGGGGUGUUGCCUUGUGGUCUUUGGCCACACUUCUCACUCCAUGGGCUGCCAAUCACUCCACCGUCGCUCUCUUGGCGGUUCGUGCCUUCUUCGGUCUAGCUGAAGGCGUUGCCCUUCCUUCCAUGAGCACCAUCUUAUCCAGAUGGUUUCCAGGACAUGAAAGAGCAAGCGCAGUUGGGAUUUCAAUGGCCGGAUUCCAUCUCGGAAACGUGGUGGGCUUAAUUUUGACACCAAUCAUGUUGUCAACCGUCGGCAUCACCGCACCUUUCGUUCUCUUUUCGUCUCUUGGGUUGCUAUGGUUGUCAUCAUGGGUUUAUAAGGUCACAAGUGAUCCUAAAGAUAGUUCAUUCAUCAGCAAAUCCGAGCUAAGAUCGAUCCAGGCCGGGAAAACCGAUCCUCCUACAGCUACUGCCGACCUCCCGCCUAUAGGCCUCCUCUUUUCAAAGUUACCGACAUGGGCAAUCGUAUUUGCUAAUGUAACCAACAAUUGGGUAAGGAUACUUGUUCUCCUCUCAUGGAUGCCGGUUUAUUUCAAGACUGUGUUUAAUGUGAACUUGAAACAAGCAGCUUGGUUCAGUGCAGUUCCAUGGGGGACAAUGGCUGUUUCGGGUUACAUUGCAGGAGCGAUAUCGGAUUCUCUAAUCAAGGCCGGAUACUCUAUAACAUCGGUUCGAAAGAUCAUGCAGUCUCUAGGGUUCAUCGGCCCCGGGGUGUCGUUGCUAUGCUUGAACUUUGCAAAGUCACCUGAAAUCGCUGCCGUAUUGCUGACAGUAGCCCUGAGCUUGAGUUCUUUCAGCCAAGCUGGUUUUCUUCUCAACAUGCAAGUAAACAUUGCACCUCAAUAUGCAGGAUUUCUCCACGGCAUAUCAAAUUCAGCUGGGACACUGGCCGCCAUUAUCAGCACCAUCGGAACGGCUAUUUCGUACAGUGGUUAGGAUCUUUCAGGCAUUCCUCUCGCUCACAGCUUGCCUCUAUUUCAUUACAGCUGUUCUGGAAUCUCUUUGCAACUGGGGAGCGAGUUUUCUAGUGUUGUCGUUGAACAUCAAAA